UGGAACUGCUAGAUUAAUAUUUAAUACGAAUAACUAUUCAUACCUUCAAGACUUCAUUGAACCCGAAAUGAGCCAACAAGGACAAAAUGGUAUUUCGGAAAUUAAAGACUUGGGAGUGACACCUACUUUACCACAUCUAAUCGAGUUUAGUGAUAAAUGUACUACAAUCAAAAAACUUUCCACUGACAUUUUACAAAAAGCAGAAAAGGAAUCCACUAAAAAUACUUCUUUAGUUGGUUCGUCGAGCUCGAGCUUAAUAUCAGAGCCUUCGGUUCAAGCUUCUAAACAACAAUUAGCUCGUUCGUUUAUUCAACUUAGAGGGUUAAACCGUAUUGCGAUGUUGGAAAAAAGCAGUGACAAAUUGACUACUCAGGAAGCGAAACUAUCAAUGGACCGAAUCCAUUUACAAUUACAAGAUUUAAACUAUAUGAAAACAUUUCUUCAAAGAGAAAUUCGCCGAUGUAAAUCAUUCAGGUCAAAGUAUCAGAAAGUGCCACUUAUACCAGAAGAAGAGUUUCUAUCAAAAGCUCCUCCAAGGUUAACUGCGCCACUUCCUGAUGCAAAUGCGUCCGAAAAACAGCAACUCCAUCAUCGAAUGCUUCAGCGAUUGAACUUUGAAAAGGAGGAACGGAUCAGAUUAAAAGAGGAGGUUACUGAAAAGCUAAAACGAAAGAAAGAGGCAUCAGAGCGCGUCAUGGCCAAGAAGGCUAAGAUUGAACAGUUUAAUAAAGAAUUCGAAAAAUUCAUAAAGCAAGCCAGGCCUUUGUCUGAAAUUUUAGCUGACGAAGAAGUAGGCCAGCCUGACCAAUCCGAUCAAAUGGAUACAUCAUUAUAA